CGCGGCGGCGGCGGCGGCGGCGGCAGCGGCAGCGGCAGCAGCAGCGGCGGAUGCUCGGCGGCGCGGCGGCCGCUCCGCAGCCCAGGAGCCCCACGCAGGGGGGUAGCGAGGCGAUGAGCCGCCCGCCGGCGGCCGCCCGCGAGUGACGGCGGCGGGGCAAGGAGCGGCGGCGGCCAGGAGGAAGAGGAGGAGGAGGAGGAGGAGGAGGAGGGCAGCGAUCCCCGCCAGUGCCCGCGGGAGCCCGGGAGAGCCCCGGCCGAGGGCUUGGCCAUGCCCUUCGCCAAGCGGACCGUGGAGCCUCAGCGGCUGUGCCGGCGGCAGCCCGCCGCCUCUGUGCUGGAGGAGAGCUGGGGAGCGGAGCCGCCGCCGCGGGACCCGCCGCCGGAGGAGCCGGGGACGGCGGGCGAGGGCACCGAGGCGGCCGGCGGCGGGGAGAGGGAAGCGGCGGCGGUGCUGAUGGUGCUGGACCUCUGCUCGGUCAGCAACGUAGCGCUGUCGCGGAUCCUCCGACAGCUCUCCGACGUGGCCCGGCACGCCUGCACCCUUUUCCAGGAGGUCGAGGCUGACAUCCAGGGCACUCACCGCCGCGUACGGGCGCUGCACGGCCGCAUCGCCGGCCUCCAGGGAGCUGUGCGCGGCCUCGACCCCAAGCAGGAGGCAGUGCCUGUCUCCAACCUUGAUGCAGAGAGCAAACUGAGUGUCUAUUACCGAGCACCUUGGCAUCAGCAAAGAAAUAUCUUUCUCCCCUCCACCAGACCGCCUUGCGUGGAGGAGUUGCACCAUCACGCCAAGCAGCACCUGCGAGCCUUGCGCAGAGAACAUCGAAGCCGAGGUGAUAACAGAGAGCAAAAAGUCCAAGGCCCCAUUGCUGUGGUGGCUCCCCCCUUUCCUCCCUUCCCUGCAAUUUGCAGUCAAAAGAGGCAAGCAAUAAAGGACCGGCACUUGCUACCAUUUAACAGCACCCGUUCGCCCUCCCCAAUUGAGUGUUGCCACAUGACCCCCUGGAGUAGAAAGUCCCAUCCACCAGAGGACGAAGAUACAGAUGUCAUGUUAGGGCAGAGGCCGAAAAAUCCAAUACAUAAUAUCCCUUCUACACUGGAUAAACAAACCAAUUGGAGUAAAGCACUACCUCUCCCAACUCCAGAGGAGAAAAUGAAACAAGAUGCCCAAGUGAUUUCUUCUUGCAUUAUCCCCAUCAAUGUCACUGGAGUUGGUUUUGACAGAGAGGCUAGUAUACGCUGCUCUCUUGUUCAUUCACAAUCUGUACUACAGCGGAGACGAAAGUUGAGGAGGAGGAAAACCAUCUCUGGCAUCCCCAGAAGAGUGCAACAAGAAAUAGAUUCAGACGAGUCACCAGUGGCGAGAGAGCGCAAUGUGAUUGUGCACACAAACCCAGACUUCUCUGGCUCCAGCAACAGGAGGUCGGGGACCCGGGACUCGGAGUGCCAGACGGAAGAAAUCCUAAUAGCUGCUCCCUCACGGCGACGGAUCCGUGCCCAGAGGGGGCAGAGCGUUGUUGCCUCCCUCUCCCACUCUGCCGGCAACAUCUUGGUGCUGGCAGACAAUGGGGACGCCGUCUUCGCUGCCGCUGUAAGCAACCGCAUCCGCUCGCGGAGCCUUCCUCGCGAGGGAGCCCGGGCCAGUGAGGGCCAUCAGGAUGCCACUACCAAGAGUGGAGGGUAUGAAGCGGAGCACUUCCUAGCUGGUCAGGAGAGGAUCCCGAAAAAGGGAAAGGAGGUCUUGAUCAAGCAGGGUUCACAGGAAUGCCAGCCCAUUGGUUUAACUUGUCCUCAGCACCUGCACAGCCCCGAACACAGCAUCAGCGAGAGGGGGAGAUCGCGGCUGUCGAGGAUGGUCGAUUCAGGCAGCUGUGAGAUUUCGUCCAACUCAGACACCUUCGGGAGCCCAAUUCACUCCAUCUCCACAGCAGGAGUCCUGCUCAGCAGCCACAUGGACCAGAAAGAUGACCACCAGUCCUCCAGUGGCAACUGGAGUGGGAGCAGCUCAACAUGUCCCUCCCAGACAUCUGAAACCAUUCCUCCUGCUGCCUCUCCUCCGCUAACAGGCUCUUCGCACUGUGACUCUGAGCUGUCGCUCAACACCGCUCCCAAUGCCAACGAGGACUCCAGUGUCUUCACAGAGCAGUUUGGUGACCAUGCAGACAAGGUCAGGGGCCACAGGGCGAGCUCCUUCACCUCCACUGUGGCAGAUUUACUGGAUGACCCCAACAACAGCAACACGAGUGACAGUGAGUGGAACUACCUGCACCAUCACCACGACGCCUCCUGUCGCCAGGACUUCAGUCCUGAGCGUCCAAAGGCAGACAGCCUGGGAUGCCCCAGCUUCACCAGCAUGGCCACCUAUGACAGCUUCCUCGAAAAGACCCCCUCUGACAAGGCAGACACUAGCUCACACUUUUCUGUGGAUACUGAAGGAUACUAUACCUCCAUGCACUUUGACUGCGGUCUCAAGGGUAAUAAAAGCUAUAUUUGCAACUAUGCAGCCCCAGGCUCCGAGAGUGGCCAGACUGGGAGCAUGACUUCCAGCCUGGCUGACUGCACCUGGCAGGAGUGCAUGAGCCACAGGAGGCAGGGACGGCAGAGCAUCUCACUGAAGAAACCAAAGGCAAAGCCAGCCCCACCAAAACGCAGCUCGUCUUUGAGGAAAUCAGAGGGCAGCACCGACCUUUCUGACAAGAAAGAACCAAAGAUCGGUGGUGGACAGCAUGUCUCUCACACUGCCAGGGAGAUGAAGCUGCCCCUUGAAUUUUCAAACACACCUUCCCGAGUGGAAGGCCCCAACCUGCCAGCCAAGCAGGAGCUUCCCUGGGCAAACCAGGGUGAUGGCGGGUUAAAAGACGCUCCGUUUGACACCGCCGAUAUCCCCUCCUUUAAAGAUGAAGGUGCUGAACAACCUCACUAUGCAGACCUCUGGCUUCUGAACGACUUGAAAUCCAGUGAUCCUUACAGGUCCUUGUCCAAUUCAAGCACCGCUACGGGUACUACAGUCAUAGAGUGCAUCAAGUCACCAGAGAGCUCUGAAUCCCAGACAUCUCAGUCUGGGUCACGAGCUACUACCCCAUCCCUCCCCUCUGUUGAUAAUGAGUUUAAGCUGGCCUCUCCCGAGAAGCUGGCGGGGUUAGCCUCACCUUCCAGUGGGUACUCCAGCCAGUCGGAGACGCCCACCUCUUCUUUUCCAACAGCUUUCUUUUCGGGACCCUUGUCUCCAGGGGGGAGCAAGAGGAAACCAAAAGUACCAGAGAGGAAGUCAUCAUUGCAGCAGCCACUCUCAAAAGACAGCACUGCCUCGGUGAGCAAAGACCUUGAACUUCCAAUUAUACCUCCUACUCACCUCGACCUAAGUGCUCUUCACAAUGUCUUGAGCAAGCCCUUCGCUCACAGGCACCAGCUGCAUACCUUCAGCCACAGCAAGCAGAGCGCAGUCGGGGAAGCCCUGCAGCCCAGCCCUCCCUCCGCCCUCGCCAUCACACCCUCCGUUCUCAAGUCUGUCCACCUCCGGGCAGUCAACAAGCCUGAAGGAGUGAAACAUAAAGGCAGCACCCCAGACCUGCUGUGCAUACAGGAGACUGCCUUGACAGCGACUGAUGUUUCUCCAGGCAAAAUGAGGCCGCUCUUAGCUAAGAAACCAGUAGCGCGCCAGUACUCUACAGAUGAGGCCGUAAUGCUGUACAUUGACACCUCCCCGGCAGAAGCAGGCCCUGGAAAGCCACCUUUAGAGAAAAGCUCCUCUUUUGGCGGGCAGAAUAGCUCUGAGCAAGAAGCUGUAACUUCAGCAAGUGUGAGUCUGGUUGAAAUUGAACCUGGAAAGGACCAAACGCACCUGGAUGCUGAAUGCUUACCAGAAAGCUCUCUGAAUCAGACGUGUGCUAUCUCCGUGGAUGGGUUUCAGAAGGGCUCAGCUGUCCCCACAGGUGACGACGAAGCAAAGAAACCCAUCCAGGGACCAGAAACAGUGUGCGACCUUCAGCAAGUGCAGGCUCAUCAAGAGCUCUCCACAGGCAGCGAAGGGAGGCUGGAAGCUGGGCCUGUGGGUGAAAGCCCAGCUCAGGCUGAGGGACCAACCAUCAGCUAUCAGUUUAAGCACCAACCCGAUGUAAGCCACCAUGUGCCUGGGAAUAUCGGCUAUGAAGCAGAGAUGGCAGCAGUUAAUUCACUUGGUGAAGUGGGUUGCAAGCAGGAAAAUGGUAUCGCAUCAGGUAUCCCAACCAAAAGUGCCUCUGAUGACAGCAGGGCAGACGAGACAGUGGGCAGCACAGAUGAGCCUUCACUGAAAGAGUCUUCUCCAAGCGAUGAGUCCAUCAUGUCUCCACUGAGCGAGGAGUCACAGGCUGAUGCUGAGGAUGUCUUUGUGUCUCCAAACAAACCCCGCACUACCGAGGAUCUGUUUGCAGUCAUUCACAGAUCAAAAAGGAAAGUUCUUGGGAGAAAGGAUUCUGGAGACCUUUCUGUAAGAAACAGAUUGAGAGCUUCAUCUGGGACCAGCAGCCAGCCUCUCACCAGCAGCACGCUGCCCACCAGCAACAUGCCAUCAGCCGGCAGCAUGGGCACUCCCAUUAGCAGUCAGAGGUCACCCGGGCUCAUAUACAGGAAUGCCAAAAAGUCCAACACAUCCAAUGAGGAGUUUAAACUACUGCUCCUUAAAAAGGGCAGUAGAUCUGAUUCCAGCUACAGGAUGUCUGCCACGGAAAUUCUGAAGAGUCCUAUUUUGCCCAAGUCUCCCGGAGAGCUGAUGGCAGAUGCCCUUCAAAGCAUGGAAGAGUCUCCUCCUGUGACGAGCCCCGACACAUUGUCCCCGCUCUCCCCCUGCUCCCCCAGGGUUAACACGGAAGGAUUCUCCUCCAAGAACUUUCCCAUGUCGGCGUCGUCGAGAGUGGGGCGGUCGCGGGCGCCUCCAGCAGCCAGCAGCAGCCGGUACAGCGUGCGCUGCAGGCUGUACAACACACCCAUGCAGGCCAUCUCGGAGGGAGAGACGGAGAACUCAGAUGGCAGCCCCCAUGACGAUCGGUCUUCUCAGAGCUCAACAUAGGCUGUGUGGGUGCCAGGCUGCCAACACCACCUGGGCUCUGUAAGGAUGUCAACAUAAGAGGCCAAUGCUGUAGCAAUUCAAAAAAAAAAAAAAAAGAAGAAAAAGAAAAAAAAUUGCAGGGCAGUAUCAAUGCUCAGAUGUGUUUGCGUUUGUAAGACGCUGGGGAAAUGAGGACUACAGCUGUAGCUAUUUAUUACAUUACAUUUUCUAAAAGGAGGAAGAUAUGCUAUGUCUGUUCUGUUUUCUUUUGACUUCAUUUGGUUUAUCACACUCUCAUUUCCAUUGUCACUGUAGAUUUCAAGGCUAUACACUUUCCAUAGAGUUAAAGGUGACUUUGGGUGGUUUUUUUAUCCCAGAAGCUGCCCAUCAGAUACAAAUCCCUCACUGUAGUGCUUCCCUAGGGAGGAAAAAAAAAAAAAGAAAAUGCUCUUGAGAAUUGGUAUUUUUCUACACUAAAAUGAGCUGAAACAAAAUUUAGAAGAAACUAACAAAACAUAUGUAAAUACCAUAUUUUUGAUAAAAAUUUGUAAAUAUAAUUAUCAAAAAGUGGACGUGGCAAACAAUUCACUGCGUAACAACUUUGUUUAUAGAAGACAAAAGAAUUCAAAUGUAAUAACUGUAUUCUGUGAAUACCAUUUUCAUAUCAAACAUAAAAAAUCCACAUGGCCACCGAUAACCACUUUCCGUGUGACAGGCCUGAAGGAUGACAUUGAGCAGUGGAAAGGGGGAAUUCUCCACCUUAGCUAAGGAAACGGAAAGGCUGACUGUGAGGGAAUUAAAGUAACCAUUUGUCUUUCUAAGGCAGCUCCAUAGAAGCUAACUGGAAAGUGCAGCUGGGAAGGUUACCUUGAGGAUUGGUGGGGAAGACGAGUGGGUUUCUGACAGAACAAAGCUGUGUCUGAUGCAAAGUCCCAAAGGGUCCCAUCCCACAGCCUCCCCUGGGCCUUUAUUCUUGCAGGGAUCGCUUCGGAGAGGAUAGAUGUGAGAGAAAACAGUACUGAACUUUCAUAUUCCUAUUAGGCUAUUGGGAUACAUAACACAGUCAUAACCUGGUAACUAUAAUCUUUAAACACGAUUAGUUUCUGGUUCGUAAAGGAAACAAAUAAAUUGUAAGCAUGCAAGAAGCGCUUUUGAUUUAUCAGUAAAUAUCUGCAAUGAGUUUUCAGUGAAGCUUUCUCUUUGUGCUGAUGAGAUUCAUGCUACCUAAAUAUUUACGAAAAUGACACUGUGAAAAAGUAGCUGGGAAAUAGGUAUGUGUAUGCAUUAUUUAUAUUCAUUGCUGAGCUGGGAAGAGGAAAGCUGCGGUUCAUUGUGCCAGCCACACACAGUAAGGAUCUUGUCUGGGUUUACCAGAAGCACAGAACAGGGUGGGGGACUGGGGUGGGGUGGGAAAGGAGAUAAAUCAAAAAGUAGCUGCUUUGAUACAAAUGAAGGCAGGGAGAUAAAAGCUGAAUUACUUGAAGUUACUUGAAUAUUCUCAUCUUAAAACCACAAGAACCUGUGAGUCGCUUUAUACUUUUAAUUUUUAAAUAGAAUAAAACCAAUAGGCCUGAUCCUCCUUCGGGCCACUGCAAUUUCCAUUGAUGUAGCCCCGUCCAUGCUACUCAGAGGACAAGGCUCUCUUUAUCCAAAACUGAUGCAGUUUGUGUUGGUUGCCGUAGGAUAUGGUUUGGAAUAGAGGAAAGGCUAGUGCAGAGAAAAUAGUGCGAGGAGGAAUGAGGUGUGCAGUAGGACAGGUCAAAUAGGAUGGCAGAAAGAGCAUACUUUGGUACUAAAGAAAUCAGCUAAAAGCUGGCUUUAAGCAUAAGUAAAUAAUAGGGAAGCGGGAUGUGUGAAUUCGGUUUUUACUGAGUUUUCUUUUAAUCAUGUAAUACAUAAAGCUGAGAGUUUUUAAAAGCGGACAGAGCAUGUUUUAAAGAGGAAGGUUCUACCUAAAACUGUUACAAUUUUAAACAGUCAAAGCAAAUCAGAACAGUUUAACAAAUCUCAAAUUAUUCCCUAGAAGGUUCACAUUUGAUUUUGUCUAGUGCUUACCACAAGAUGUAUUAUUCAGGGUUUCCCACUGUCCUCCAGCAUAGCCUGGUUGCAUUCGUGUGGUGAGAUAGAGUCACUAUGCAUGUGGUAUGUGUGUUGGGAUGAGGGGUGGUCCAUCAGUUGAAGGGCUGCAAAAUCAUCUAAAAUAGUUUUUCAGAAGGUAAUGGGAGCAAGGUUUUGGAAACAGAAGGGUAAUCACAUUAGUAGCUUAGUUAAGAAGAUAAGUCUGAAUACAAGUGAAGUGAAUGAAUGAGAAUGUUUUAAGAGGAAAUGUUCAGCAUAUAACAAACCGCUUUCUGGAGAAUAUGAGUAAAGGAAGUUUAGAUACUGGGCAGAAAAUCCUUAGUUUGUCAUUUUCAGUCAUUUUCCAUUAAAAUUUUACCAGGAGCACUUUUAUAAUAUGUUUAAUAACCCUGAGUUAAACAGUCAUUCAAAACUGUAAAGAGAAUACAGCUACAUUGACUUUGAUGAUAUCACUUUUUUUAUCAAUCAAUAAUUUAAUAGAGAUCAAAAAUAGAUAUAUAUACACUUUUUUUUUACCAGAAUGGUGAGGCAAUAUUUCACAUACAAAAUGAACACAGAACAAUCCCAUUAAAAUAUAGUCUUCUUUUGCUUAAUUUCCUAGUUUAUAUUUAGCAGACUGAAACCCAAAUAGAGAGAUUCUAAAUCCGCUAAGAAGAAAGGAGUCAUAACAAACGUGGGAGUCAGAGGAAGACGAAUAGCAGGGAUCCCUGUAGCAUUGCAGGAAUGCCACUAAGGCACAGAGGACAAGCCAUAGAGCAAAGAGAACAUCACUCACCUCUUGAGACAGGGUACAGUACGAGCAUGAGGUAACUGCUGAACCGUCAUUUCAACCUACUGUUCUGUUGCUUGCACUGAUGUUAUGAAAAUGAUUUCUUAAGUUAUACAGCUGUGUUCUGAAAAAAAAACAUUUUCCCCUUUUCUCCUUUGUUCCUUUUGCUUUUCAUUUUGUUAUUGUUGUUGUGGCAGCAUAGAGGGCAUGGGAUAGUUGUAGCAAAUAAAGCAUAUGUUUGCUUUUGCCAAAGGUCAGUGAUUGAGUGCAUUUGCUGCAAUGGUGGCAGAUAGAGAAAUACUGUAGGUUAUGACUUAAAGAAUUAAAAAAAAAAUUAAGAAGGUUACAGUGUAACUAUUUUGGUACUAGCACCAGUUCAUGCUGGCAGAAAAGACAAUGGUUUAUGGACUUGCAUCCAUUUUGUAUUUUUGUAAUAUUUGUAAAUAUGAACUUUUUAAAUUGUUGCAAAUAUGGUUUCUUUUGUAAAAUGUUUUCAAAGUUUACAUUAAAUCCAAGCCUUUGUAUAUUUUAGAGCUGUGCAACACUUUAAGUCUUGUAUUUAUUUUUAGUAAAAACGGUGACAGUUUCAUUGUGAACCCCUCUCAAAAAAUGUGUUGGAAAAGUUUGAUUACCUAGAAAGUGUGUAUAGAAACUGCAAAUAAACGUGACUGCAAUUAAA